AUGAGUCACGGGUCAGUGUUUCAACAAGGCAACUCAAGUGGAAAAGAAGAUUUCUGGAGAGAUGACCUAUUUGGAGGCACUGGAACACCAUCAACGUUUACUGGUAACUGGAGGGAGGAUCUUUUUGGAGCUGCUAAGGAAAAGGAUCAAUCAGUUCCUAUUGUUGAUUCUUUUGGAUCUCAGACUAAUAGUUUAGAUGAUGAGAUCUUUAUUGCUCAUGCCUGUGAUGUGGAAGCUAAGCUGCUUAGUUCCAAAGAUAAAGGGAAAGCUCAUGAGGUUUUUUCUGAUUCAGAAAGCGAAAGUAACGAAUCUGAUGUAUGUGACGUUGAGGUGAGGCCUGCAGGUUAUGAUAGAGAUUUAUGGAGUCCAUUAAUUAAUGAUGUUUAUGGUGGUUCAAACGUUGUUGAGAAAUUGUGCCCUACCAAACCACGAUCACGUGAGUAUAUGUGUACCACAAAUGAUGCGUUUGAUCAUCGUGUUAUCUCACCUAGUAGUUCCAAUCCGCAAUCUACUCAUUACAACAAAAAGGUUGGUACCGCGUUUCGACCAGGUGGUAAUCAUUCUAUGGACAGUUAG